CUCCUGACAGUAUUGCAGUCACAGGCGGAUUCGUCGUCAUCUCUCGCAGUCGGGCAGAGCGACAAGUGGCCAGUCGUAGGCUCGGCAUCGGCUGCACUAUCACCGUCCGUUCGCCACUCGACUGCAGCGGCGAGCGGCCAGUCGAGCCACGCACACACACACACAAACACCGUCACACAGACAUACGUAUAGGCCGCAUGCGAAUCUCGUGCAAAAUACUCGUAUACGGACGAGCCGAGAGAGUCUUAUCCCACCGCGCAUCGCGACUCUCGUGCGCGCUGCGUUGCGCUCGCGGCGGCGUUGCGCUCUCGUUCAGUGCCAGCGAUCGGUUCAGCAGCAUCGGUCGCCUCCUCGGCAGCUGCAGCUUUUUCUUUUUCUUUUUUCCCCCUUUCUCCGCCAACGUCGCUCGUCCUUUUUCUUUUUUCGACGCCAGACGACCGAAACUUGCCUAGCUUCCUUGUAAACUUGUAUUGAGUGCACGUCCAGCGCGACGAGUGCCAAGACAUCAUGUCUCGCCGACGACGCUAGGCCGAUUUAUUUCGGCGGCGACUCAUCUUCUGCUUCGCUGGACGCUCGACCAACUUGGCUUGCCUUUGGAUUCUUGACAAUUACUCACAAAUCUGUCGAUCGCAUUCUCAGCCUAACUAGAGGAUCGACGCACAUCAGUGUUGUCGAUCAUCUCUAAAUAAACGGCUUACAAAUGAUGAAAAUGUUGGCUGGCGUUGAAGAGGUUUCAACGUGUACGAUGACUAUCCAAGAGGAGGAGAUAGUUGAUGAUCAUCAGCAUGCACACAAUAACAAUUCCCCCGAUAAGCCGACUUCACAGGACAAAAAAGAUGAAGCUGCCUCUCAGCCACUCGUUGAUAAGCUCUGUGAGUCUUCAAAGGUUUAUGCAGAUUCCCCAAUUAAAGGCCCAGUCACACCCGAGGAUGAAGAAAAAAUGCGAAAACUAUUACCGUGGCAUCUGGCUCCAGAAUAUUUAAGGCACAAUCCUUACAUACUCAGUGGUUAUCGAGGUUAUUUAACCACUAAAUUAUGCAUUGAAAGUAUUUUCUGGUGGACAAACGAAACAAUCAAUAUUUGGAGUCACAUAUUUGGCUUUGCAUUGUUCUGUUGUCUUACAUUUUACGAUCUAUAUUUAGUCAAUAUUAGUGCACCCUUCGGCGAUAAAGUUUUAUGUGCCUUGCUGCUUGUUUGUUUUCAAGCGUGCAUGAUACUUUCUUCGAUAUAUCAUACAUUUUCCUGCCGAAGUGAGAAGGAUUACUGGUACUUUCUUUCUUACGAUCUUCUCGGAGUGGCUCUUAGUUUAUUAGCAAUAUACAUGUCAGGAGUUUAUUACGCCUUUUGGUGUCACAAGACGCUGCAGCGAUUCUACCUGAUUACUAUAUUGGCGAUAUUUAUCGUGGCGAUGAUGUUACAAAUGAAACGAUAUCAAAUCAACGAAAACAUCAAAUUAGCUGUAUUCGUUGGUUGGGCAGUUUAUGGAGUAGUGCCAACUCUCCAUUGGACUGUGGCCAUGGGUGGAAUGCAAAAUCCAAUCGUCAGUUUGCUUCUGCCUCGUGUCCUCGGCAUGUAUUGCAUCAGUGGUGCAGCUUUUCUCAUUUACUUCAGUAAGAUGCCUGAAAGACUGUUUCCAGGAUGGGUCGACUACAUUGGUUCAUCGCAUCAGUGGUGGCACGUAUUGGUCGUUGCAGCUCUUUAUUAUUGGCAUAACACCGGCAUGAUGUACGUCGAGUACCGUCUCAACAACGGCUGUCCUGGCUUGAGUCAAUUAUGACAUGAGGCCGAUGACGAUCCAUCGUCUCCAGCAGUCUUCUCAAUGGAGUGCGCCUGCGAACUGGAGUCCCGGUGGACGUCAUCGUGGUAUCAAGAGCAGCCGGUGAUACCUUACUACGCUCAUCAAGGCGUGCUCACCUGCCUCAUGGAAAAUCCAUUACGUGUUUAUGCUCAAUUACGUAGACGUAAAGUGUUUACUUUUUAGCAAAUCUUAUUGUUUUUCGAGUAAAUGUUAACGCGCGUGAUAAGUGAAGAGGAAUAUUCAACUAAAAAUUUUUCCGAACUUUGGACGCUUUGUUAUGCUAUCGUGAAAUCGUUAAGAUUUCAAUGCGACGGUUCGCUACUGUUUAGAAGGAAAAGUGUUGUUUUGUAUGUAUUUUAUUGUUAUCUAUGUCGUUAACAACGUUUUUUUUUAUUGAUUUAUCAUAAAAAUAUUGUUCGUUUAAACGGCUUAUUGAGCUGAAAAUUAAAUCGAUUAAAAAUUAGCAUCUGCUAUUCAUGCGACAAGCAGAGAUGAUUUUUGACAAAUUCUCUCUCAAGAUAUUAAAAUGUGAUUCAAUACAAAAUAUCAUGAAAAUAUGUUACUAGAUUUAAUAUUUUUUAUAUAUUAUGAGUGCAAAAAAUUGUAUUUUUGAUUGAUCAUAUAAAAGAUCGAUGUAAAUAUUUUUAUACCAUAAAAUCAUAAUUCCAAAUAUAGAAAUAGAAUUAGUAUUUCAUCAAAGGUAUAUUAUUAUAGUUACUCAUGUUUCAACAAUAGAAUAGAUCGAUUCAAAAUCCUUUUCUGAAAUUGAUUCAAACUUGCCAACUAUGUGAGUUUUGGUGUCGAACCUUUAAAGUGUUGAUCCGUACUUGUUCUAUAUUUAUAACAAACAUUGGGGCAAAAAAAUGAACGUAUAAAAUUAUUUUAGGAUAUAUUCCAAUUGUAAAAAUAAGAUGAUCGUAAUCAUGAUUACGAUUCACAUCUGUUUCUUAUUCAUCAUUAAAUAAACGAUAUUAUUCCAUUGGUGAAAGUAUUGAAAUUUUUUUAUUAAUUAUAAUUCACACUUCGUUCAGAGCUUACGGGUCACACAUUUAAAAGUUUCAUUUUUUAUUCUACUUGGGACUGAAUAGUUAUAAGGUUACUACGACUAGUUAAAACAACUAAAACAUAAUUAAUAGUUAAUUAGUCAAACAUAUUUAAAGAUGAAUUCUUCAAGAAAAUAAAAAAGUGAAUAGUUGUGAUAUUUGAAA